GCUGCCCAAUAGUCGCGGGCGGUGAGGAUUGACGCACCCACUGACCAAUAGCAACGCAGAUGCGCGAACGGCGCUCCAAUCACGAGGCUCGGAGGGCGGGCCCCGCGCACGAACGCUCGGCGGGAGGAGAUGGCGGUGCGGCGGCAGCUGCAGCAGAUAUUCCAGGACCCGCGGGUCGUCGGGACCAUCGUGGUGGAGCAGGCGUCCGCUUCCGCCGCUCCCACCGCUCCCGCCUGGAAAUCGCCGCCGCCGCCGUCACCGCCGCCGCCGUCACCGCUGCCACCGCCGUCACCCCCGCCGCCUUCGUCUUCCUUCCCGCCGGCUGCGGUGCCGGUGUCGCCGCCGCGGCAGCAAGGUCCGCUGCCGGAGGAGUGCGCCGUGUUCCACUGCCGCAGCUGCUGGACGGUGCUGGGGGACUCGCUGCAGCUGUGCGCGCAGGAGCCGCCGGGACUCAGCGUCAUCAUCUGCUUCAAGGUCACCAGCGAUGUGACCUGGGAGGACUCGCUGUUGGUCGGCCUCGAGGGAGCCCUCCUGGAAUGUACUUAUUAUUUAUUAACCUGUCGGUCAUGUGGCUUGGCCGUGGGCUUCAUUCUUUAUUCCUGUGACAGUAACCUGGCGUAUCUCCGAGGCUUGUUCUGUUUCUUCAAGGACAGCAUCAUCUGUUACCUCUUACAAAACCAAAUUAUUAUAGAAGCUUCUAAGGUGAAGUUUCCAGCUGUAACCUUAAAGGAACACAUGCAUAAGGUGAAAGAAAAGCUUGUGGACUUCAAUUGUCGCAUAGAAUUAGUGAUAAGGAAGCUGGAGAAACUGUAACAAAAUAAUUAUGACCCUUCAUCAGAUCCAGGUGACCUACUAUCAGGAUAUGCAAGAGUUAAUAUCAACUAAUACCUGUUUUCAAGAACUGCUGGAGUUGUUUCUGCAUCUCUGCUGAAUUUGGUCAUUAUGAAGAAAUAAUGCACCAGACCAGGUUUGAGUGUUGAUCUGUCACCUUAUCUGUGUGUAUGGAAAGAACUGAUGAUGAAGUGCAUUACUUCAGGGGAACACAUGAAAAUCUGACAUACUGAAGUUAUGCUUAGAAGACUGCAUAGCUCAGCCAUGCAGCACAUCACUCUCUGAGGCUGUGUAACUGUGACUUUGCUUUUUCUAAUGACUUAGGGGGAAAACCAGCCUUUGAAAUACUGACAUCAGGUUUCUUGAACUAUGCAAAACACAUUUAACAAGGUGAUGAUAUUCAAGAGCCACCAUUACAAACUGAACAUUCUUAGAGACCUAAAGCUCUUGUCCUACCUUUCAGUACAGACACAGUGUUAAUGGCAGCCUUGGUUUUAAUGGCAGCUGGUUUUUGGCCAAGUGGCUCAUUAGCUACAUCUGAUACUUGAGCCACUGCUAAAUGGACUCCUGAAUAGUUUUGAGAUUUCCUUGUGUGUGUUGCCUGCAGAAGCAGCCGACAAGCACGUCACAGAUGCUGCAAUGUUCUUAGUGCAUGAGUCUGGUUGGCACCAUGCAGGCAGAACACAAGGUUUUAGAUUUCAGGUAAAGGCCAACCCACGUGCCUGCCAAGUCUGCUGAAGUGCGGCCCCAGGAACAGGACUGAGUCAAAUUCUGCCAGCUAACGGUGUGAGCAACUUCCUUGAGCAGAUUUGAGCAUUUAUUUCUGGAAUGUCAACUAUGAAACCAAGGAAUGGUCUUCUGCACAAUCGUGGAAGCACUGCUUUCCUGAAGUUAUGAUUUGCCUGUCACCUUCAAUUGGCCAGUUAAGAUGUUUUAGAAAAAAUACCUACUCAUGGCUCAUUGGCAUUUCUCUGUUGACUAUUGGUUAUGCUUAUUUCCAAACAUUUAGAAAAUAAUUUUACAGAAAAGAAAGCACUAUUUACUGGGACAGAAUUUCCCUAAUUCUUUGUUGGAAGAUUAAGGGCUCUUUUCCUCUCCCUUUGCUCCUUAAAGGGCUAAUGUUUUUCCUUAAAGGAAUAAUGAAUUUUAUGGAAAGUUUAGUAGUUGUCUGUAGUGGUCUAGAGAGGAUUCUAUUUACUUGAUCAGCUUAAUUCCAGUGAUUCAAAUUGCCUUCUCCUUCCAUAUAUAUGACCAGCAGGUUGUAGACAUCAUUGCUACUGCUGCCAGUUGUGUUUUGUCUUAGUUGUAAAAUAACUCAUAAUGGGCUUGGAGCAGAGAGGACAAAACUCAUAAAGCACCUCAGAGGUUUUAGGUGGGCAGCUGGUACUUAGGCUACUACUAAUGCUCACUGUGUUGCUUUCUGUUUGGGAGUUCUGUAUGGUCUCAGUUCAUUGUGGUAAGCAAAAGCACCAAAUAUCAACAGGUAUUCUGUAAGGAGAGGAGGGACUCUCACAAAUACCACCUUUGAAGUACUUCCUUAGUGCUUGUGUUGUUGCAUGAGUCUAAGAAAUGUGAUUGAUAAUGGGAGUAUUUGCUUUUGCCCUUUCAUUCCAGUUUCUGCAUUGAGACUGUUUCUUGCUAUUUUAUAUCUAUACUAUGAAUCAUGCUAAAUUGUUUUGCUUCAUUAGUGUUGAGCCCUAAAAGAAAAUGAAAGCUGUCAGUUACAUUUUUAUGUUAUAUUUAAAGUUGUGAAGAAGAAACUUCUUAAAUAAAAGCUGGAAUUCAGAAAUUCAUAUUGUGCAAGUCAUUGCCAAUAUUAUGUGAGUCCUAGGCCUACUUUUCCUUUGAUUAAUUUUGCAGAAAUAAAAACAUCACUUUCUCUUACUUGGGUCCUCAUUUGUUAUGAAGCAUUAAAGUAAUGGUUCCUCAAAUUAUAUUACUUAGUGUGAAUUUAAAUAAAUAAUGAGUAUGUGCUGAAGAAUAGCUGGUAAAUUUUUAAACUGCAUUUCUGUAAUCUUUGAAAGUGGGAGCACCUCCGUCAACCACAGAAGAAAUUUUUCAGAAGUGUAGUCACCAAAGCAAUAAACAAUACAUACAUACAUAAAACAAUUUUCUGAGGGGCCUUGUUAUUUUGAGGCAAUCAAUACAAGAAAUAGAGGGUUUAUGCUACCCUCUAAAACAACCCUUGAAGCUCUUAACUGAUAAGUUAUGCAUCUUAGAAUGAGUGGAAUAACAAUUUUUGUUUAGCUGUUGCCUAAGUCAGAAGCUCUUGUGCCUGAAGUCUGCUGGGACAGCUGGCCCCAAAGCAGAUACCCAGUAUAUAUGAAUUCAGCCUGAGUUGUUAAAUUUUGACAAAGCUACAGCAAGUACACCUCAGAAGUGAAAUGGAAUGUACUGUAAUUUGGUUGUCUUCUGAACAGAUGACACAUCCAGUUUUAGUGCAUUCUCAGCCUGUGCUGCUUUAUUGCUAAAAAAAUUUGUAUACAGGUGCAGAGUUUCCAGGUUCAUUUUUAAACAGUUCCUCUUUACAGUGUCAAAAUAAUAAAAUCUUAUCUUGAAAUCCUCAAAGAUGCAUAGAUAUAAAAGCAAGCUGCCUUUUGGAAAAACACCAGUAUUUGCAGGGAGACAUUCUUUCACUGUUACCAUGUAAAACGUGUGCAAUGGGAGUACGUAGUUUGUAGUCACACCAAUAAUUUCUUCCACUAAUCCAUGCAAGAAUGCUAUCAGAAAUUCAGUAUAAGUAUUAUUCAGCCUAUUAAGUAAUAAGGUAAUUUUUAGGAAUGUAUACCUAAUGCUUCUCCUUUGCUGUUACAUUUUUCAAAAGGAAGAUAACUUCAUUGACAUCCUGAAGUAGCUUAUUCCCCAGGUUAUACUGAAGGGAAAUACAAAGGAUACAAUGGCUUACUCAUUACAAAAAAAAAUAUUUAACAGACUUUAAAACCAUGCAUAGUAUUCUAAAGAAUUAAAAAUGACCAUGGUAAACCCCUGGGCUAAAUUUGUUUUUGAAAUUUUCUUGAAGUUGGCUCCAAGAUUUUCAUUCAGUCUAACUUGUGAUACCAUGGAAUAGUUACCUUCUUUUAUAAUAUCCCUAUCUUCAUUUGGCAAUCCUUACACAUCUAAAAAGAGCAUUCCUGCGUAAAACCACAAUUCCCACUCUAAACCCAAAACACAGUGCUUUAUGAAUGGCUGGCUAUGAAGUAUGUACAGGAGUUAACUUGACACACCAUUUUUUCCUCCAAGACACUUCUUUCUACUAAGAGAGGACUGAGCCUCUGGACAUGGAGAAGUGUUCUGCACAAGUUAAGCCCACUUACAAAAUUAAGCUAAACUACAAGUAUGGAAUUCUGCAAUAACAAGCCAGUAUUCUACAUGUUUAAUUACAAAUUUAAACUUGGAAAAGUAUUAGUGAUGUAGGUAGGCUAUACCACACACUCUUUUAUAUUCAAACUGCCAGCAGAAAUUUCCUGCAUUAUCCACUAAGAGACUUGAAUUACAAGGAACACACUAAUAAGUUUACAGAAAGAUGGCACCCAAAUUCCCUUUUAUUUAAUAAGUGAAAUAAAGAAAAAAAGACAAUUGCAACCUCUGUUGCAGAAGAUAAAGACCUUCAGUGAUCAAAUCUCUUUUUCUAUUUUUAAAAAUCUCUUUAAAGAACUUAAAAAAUAUACAAGAUUAUCAGUAUUUUCAGGUUUAUUCCUGCGGAUGCCAUUAUUGCUGGCUGGUACCAGUAUGCUUCAGUACAGCUGCCUGUGUGGCUAGAGUUACCUGAAAAUACUGUCUAUUAAAAAGCUAUUCAACACCUGAAAAAUAUGUACUGUGCUUAUUAAUUUCAGUCUUCUCCAAAUAAUUUCUCUUACCACAUUCAAGCUUAUUACCUACUGUCUGGCAAAUACUACACUCAAUCUGAAUCUGUGGUUUCUGUUACUUGUUUGUUGGCUUGGAUUUUAGGGUGAUUUUUUUUGUGGGUUCGGUUUUUUCUUUCCCACCAGUUGCUCCCCCUGCACCACAUAAGAAACUCUGCACCCUUUUCCUUGCUACAGCUGCAGCAGGUGAGAAAUCUCAUCUCGCCUCUAAACAUGCUCAGUUCAUGCCCUGCUUUUUACAUGCUCAGGACAGUGAUAUGAACCAGACAAGAGGUUAUAAAGGCGAGUUCUGCUGAUCCUGGUUCCUGAUUUACAGUUUUGGUGCCAUGCUUCUGUCCCUAUCUAUACAUUCUACCCCCUUCUCUACAGAGGCAGCACAUUCUCUAAAAAAACCCCAAAAUUUGAGAAUCAAAGCAGGAAGUUCAAGCUAUUGGUAUAUUAAUUCCUAUUGCUUCAUUAUGUAUAAAUGCAUAUCUCAAUUUACUGGUAAUAACUACAUUACACUAGACAUUUUGAAUCAUGCAUAAUUAGAAUACUAGCUCUAAAGUUUGGUUUGUGGGCCUGUGCUGCUUUCCUUCAGUUUCUCCAUGCAGUUCUUCAUGCCUAAGGCAUUACAAACUACCUACCUUUUAUCUGACCUGUAAACACACUCAUUUGGAGGGGAAGUGGAGAGAAGAAGACAGGAUUUACAUAGGACACACUGAACAGAAAGUUACCUUCUACCUUUAACUUUAGAUGGGGUAAAGUCUUGGGAAUCUGUCUGUAUUAUAACCCGAUACAAAGGUUCAGAGACAGAAACAUGCUCUGCUGACAUCAUGAACACUGACACUUUCUCUAAAUGCAGGAGGAAGUGUAGAGACUGAAAAGGAACAGACAUCAGAAUCCAUGGUUAGUGUUCUGCACUGUUGAACAAGACACCCUGGCUGAACUGUUGGCUUUUGUGUGCCGGAAAAGUGCUACAGUGGCAAAAUGAUGGAUCACUCCAUGAAAGAAAUCCAGUCGAAUCUAACUUGAACUGUCAUUCUGCAGCUCUGUACCUGACCAGCAAUCAGGAUUAUUAGUUUUGGAGGAAGACCAGCCAGUUUCCUAAGGAUGCAAGAAGCAGUAAUUUCUAAGAUUCGUUCUACAUCAACAAUUAUUCUAUCUUCAAUAUUUUUUUCCUUUUAUGCUCCGAAAAAAAACAGACUGCCAGCUCUUGACAAGGUAAUCCUCGUGUAAAGUGUCAGUAUCCUCAAGCUCAGUACAAUUUCUUCUCACUAUCAAGAAGUCUUCGCAAGACUUUCUUUUUAUUCCUAAAUUUGACAAUUACCUCAGUUUCAGAAGGUACAAUUCCCAACACAAGUACUGGCUAGGCCUUCUACAGCAGCACUACUGGAUAUACAAACAGAAUAUAUUUGUAUAAUCUGGGUUUAGUACUGCUAGAGGAGGCAUGUCCAUACCAGUCAUUAUACCUUUGAUAUACCACACCCCAGUGUGGUAGCACCUAACAGUUCCACUUAGAAGCUGUUAAAUCAAGGAGGCUGAAAGCAAAAGUCAUGCCAUAGUACAAGAGCUGAAAGGCAAAGGGAUUCCUUUUGUUGCUGUGAACAGUAAUUCCUAGUCUAGCAGCCCACAGAAUUCAGAUAUUAUUGAAGCCUGAACUGGGAAGUAUAUGCAGAUAGCUUGCCUGGCUACAUUAGUCUUUAUUUCCUCCCCACUUUUCUGAGUGGAUAUACCCUUGAAGAAUUCUGUUCAGCCACAAAAUUCAUACUUCUGAAGCAUGAACAUGACUUUGCUUUCAUUAUAAUUUCAUUAUUAUGUAAAUGUAUUUUCUGACCACAGACCACAGUAAAUUAAUAAUUUCUCUAAUGUAAUCAGAAAGCAAAUGAAGGUCCCCGAAGGCCAGCUUCCAAUUUUAUCAAAAAUUCAAUAGUUGGAAUUUAAGCUGAUUACAAUCUUUCAGAUCAAUUAGCUUUUCAUACACGUUAUUACAUAUUAGCCAACACUUAAUUUGGACAUUCUCAUGCUUAUCCUGUUACUUUAUACUGUAAAAAUGCUCACAGCCCUCACACUUCCAUUACCAAUUUAUGAAAAGCCAAAGUGCUUCACCCUCAUGCUUUAAAAACACAAGAAGCUUCCAUUAAGCUGAAAGUCACAGUCUAAAUUACUUCAGCUUUCCAGAAGAAAUGCAGCCAGAUUGAUCUAAACCUCUGACCAAGUAAUUCUGUUCACAACACAUUACUAUCUGUUGGGCCAUAUUGCGUCUAUAGAUGAGGUAUCUACACUGAAAAGUGUCAACUAGGAACAGUUUAGAACUCCUGUGGUUCUUUUAUGCAACCCUUUGAUAGCAAAUAAUUUGUUAGAUGCAGAUCUACAGGUGUAGAUCAAAAACCCUGUGCUACCAGAGGCUUCACAGUACUUUCUUCUGCAAAACUUCAGGCAUUAACCAAAAUCUAUUAUGGUCUAAAACAGUAUUUAGCAAAACUGAAAUUAUUUUUUUCUGCUGUAACAUCUUUAGAAUUCUACAGUUGUGCUUGGCAUGUACAAAUGUUUUGAGUGUCAAGUGCUUUCUAAUAUUUUUCAUUUUUUUAAUUUUUCUUUUAUUUAAAGACUAUCUCAGAUUGGUCUUUAUAAACAAAGAAACCAGAAAGUACUUCCCACCACAAAAGCUUCUAAAUCUAUAAUCAUGUUCUCCUCACAGUACAGUAUUUGGAAAAGUUUAGUUUCUCAGAGAAAUAGAGCAACUGCUAGGCUACAAAAAAAGAAAUAAAUUACAGGGAAACUUCAGCUAUCCUUUCAAAGAGAACUGUCUGCCCUUCCCCCAGCACUCACUGACAGUGCUUCAGACAUGUGGCAAAGCUAAUUUUUCUUUUUUUAAUAUAUAUAUAUCAAGUUCAUUAACUUAGUAUUCAAGUGCCAAAUUCCCUCCAAUGAGAGGAACAUAAGAAGAAUUCACCCUUCUUCUCAGGAAGACUCUUCACACAACUCCCUGCAGCACAGAGCGCCACAAACUUAUUUGGUUAUUACCCACUUACUCUACUGUACAGUCUUGCUAAUGCAAGUUAUUAACUAUCACAUGCAAAACAGUUAUUGCUACUAAAGUUCUAUUUUCUUAUUAAAUCAUCUUAUGGCUUUGUUUGCAUCAGGGAUUCUUCCCCCUACAUACUGUGCUAUUUUGCAUUCCAGUUUCAGAGGUAUUUUUCAAUUGAUUCUCCCAAGCACUAAACUACUUUAUUCAAUGGUACAGCUACGUCCAUUUAGAAUUGAACCUGACCGUUAGCACAGGUCCCCCAGAGCUCUGCUGUAAAUGGCCCACCUGUCCAAUUUUCUCAGAAAUUUAUUAGAUGCAGAGGGCUGUUUGGUUGGUUUUGUUGGGGUUUUUUUCCCUGUUACAUACAUUAACUCUGCCUGGAUUACUGUCAUUGCACGGAAGUACAUGCUUCUUGAUUAAUAAAGAUAUAUUGUACGAAAAUUACAAAACCAAGCUACCCAUUCCCUCCCUCCCCCUAAUGGCCAUUUACAGGCAGGUCUCAGGAAAAAAAGAUGCAGUAUCCUCUCUAAGCUGAAAGAGAGAAAUGGGUGAAGAGCAGCACUGGUAUCAAAUAAAAGACUAAUUCCUAGGAAAUCAGAGGAUGCCAUCCACAGAGCAAUGCACAUCUCAAGAAUCAUACCAGUCUCCUAUUUGACCAGUCCAAGCUGCCCAUUGAGUGCUAAAUCAAUUUCACUUCCCCAGUCUAAACUUUCCUUCUGAAAAAAGCAGAGGGAGAGACAGAAAUCAUUAAAAUUGAGCUUAGAGCUGGAAAGCAAAACUGGAAGUCACCUAAAAUACAAGAUACUGAAUUCUCAAUAAUACAGGGGUGGGGAAUCUCUGAUCCAUUGACUAGAGACAGCCUGCUGCACAGAUACAGCCUGCAACAUCAUUUUCCAACACCCUUUGACCUUUUUGUAUUCUCUCUUAUUAAGAUGUAUGUAAAUGCAGGAUCCACCAAAGUUAUUCUAAGAUUCAAUAGGACUUCAGCCAAAAAAGGUUCCCCAUUCCUGCAAUAAUGCAUAAGUCUUCUAUGCAUAAUAAGCACAUCAUAUUUUGUAACUAUUAUCACACAAUGAGGAUAAUGUUUUUCUAGCUACAAUAAUCAUAUAGUCAGAUCUGAAAAAAAGAAAAGAUUACUUAACAGACUUUAUAAACAAUCUGAAGGUAAGAGAUGUGUACAGAAUGCACACAAACUCCUUAGCAUAUUCAUACUUUUCUGAGUAUAUCACACUAUGAGUAAUAAGUGCUUCAAUAAAAUUGCAAAUGGAAGAAAACACCAACAAAGAUUAAAAAUAAAAGAAUAGCACUGAUAGAGAUGAGAAUUAUGGAUGCUUGCAUACUCUAGCUUACUACUGCAGUUGGACAGACAGACAAAUAUCAAAAAGUCAACUAUGAUUCGAUGAAGCCCAUUAAGUGAAUGAGUUCCAUUUCUAAGGAUAGCAUUGCCAUUGUCAAAGGGAGGAUACUGCAUGUUUAGACCAUGUUUGUGACAUUUCUAUUGUAUCCUUUCUAGUGUUAAUUACAUUAUCAUCACUGUUUACUAAUAAAUUUGUCACUCAGAAAUUGUAAAAAUACUACUAGGCUCAUGCACUGAUCCUAACAUGGCACUACAGUUUGCUACGAAGCACUAAUGCUCAUGGAACUAUACACAUCUCAAAAUGGAAGACAUUGGUGAUUUUGUUGUUUUCAAACAACUUGUAACAUCGUUUUGUCCACAAGUAUUAAAAUAUAUAUAUGUAUAUAUAUAUAUAUAUGAGCUAUUGCACAUGCCCCUUGUUUUUGUAAUCUUUCACAUGGGAAGAUUUCCAACCAACAUAAAGAAAAAGCAGAACAAGAAAAAGUGAGUCAGAUGAAGCAGCUUUUCCAAACACAGCAGUUCUUUAAAGGUGCUGGCCAGGAAGGUACAGCAAUGGGGGUCCUCUGGGCAUGAACUAUUGGAGUAUUAUUUCUGUGAAAGCCACAGAUCCUUAACCUAAUAAAAUCCCGAUGUUCUAAAAUUAAACUUGAAAACUAAUGCUGUUACACGGUCAUGAAUAGGAGUCAAGAAAAAAAAAUCAGUAAUUCCACUUUUUUGUUACAAUGCCAGGUUAUAAAAUAUUGAGAUUAAAAAUCAUAGAUUAUUGGCUCUCUAGUCAGACAAAUUUGCAAUUUUUGUACAUGUCCACAGGAAACAAAAAUACCUUCCUGUCCCCCAAGCAUUUUGUCAUCAAGCUAUGCAAGAAAGAACUGCUAUCUCUAACAUCAGAGGGGUAAGAAUGGGCAGAAGGAAGAAAGUAAAAUUCCUAUAUCUAAAAUCAAACAUUUCUUAUACCACAGACUUCCCAACCACUGUAAUCCUAUGAUAUUGACAGUGUUUUCCAUCACUUAAAGAUGGAUCCUGCUUCUACAGACAUCUCCACUAAAUCUAAUUGACUUCAAUGAAUGGAGGCCCUAAAAGGAAGUGUGCUUUUCUAGUUGUCUCCAAUGCCAGAAAGUUCAGACCAUAUUCAGCAAAGAAAUCCUAAAACAGGCCAAGCUGGCGGUGGCCUUAGUUAAUUCUUAUCACACAGCUCACCACAAUGUUAUACACAAUUUUAGAGCACCUCUCUGCUCAUUAAAGUUGGCAUUACUUUGAUAUGCAGCGUCCUGCUCACCACUCUUAAGCUUACAUGUCUGCUCUUUGCUUCAUGGAAACAAAAAAUGGGUAAAGCUGUCAUUAAAUCCUAUUGUUACAAAACAAGUCUAAACACAGACAUUACUUGGAGAAUUAGGAUCAACAUCAAUGCUUGUCCUCACUCUGGUAUGGAAUUUGAUCCCACAAAAUGUCACCACAUUUUUGAUACUAGAAUGCUGCCCUGGCAAUCUAUCACCAAGAUUUAAUAAGGAUUUCAAUUGUUUGCUUUUUCAGCCAUUUUUAGGCUGUCUGGCUUUCUCCAGCAGUUUUCUAA